CUGAAAAUGGCUAAUUACACGUCAGCACCAGAGGAUGAUUAUGAUGUCCUCAUAGAAGACAAUCUGAGUAACAACGAAAUAGAACCAUGUACCCCAUAUGAGCCCAAGAUUCUCUCAGCCCAGCUGGUGCCUUACCUCUACACCACGGUGUUCACGGCUGGCCUCCUGGACAAUAUCUUGGUUGUGCUUAUCCUGGUAAAAUACAAAGGACUCAAGCAAGUGGAAAAUAUCUAUUUCCUCAACUUGGCAAUUUCUAACUUGUGUUUCUUGCCCACCCUGCCGUUCUGGGCUCACACGGCCUCACGUGAGGGGGUUCUUGGUGACCCCCUGUGUAAAAUUCUCGUGGCACUCUACUCCAUAGGCCUGUACAGUGAGGCAUUUUUCAACGUCCUUCUGACUGUGCAAAGGUACCAGGAGUUUUUCCGCAUGAGAAGGCUUUUCUCAGCCUGCAGGAUGGUGGCUGGCAGCAUCUUCACAAGUGCUCUGGCGUGGGUCAUAGCCAUUCUGGUCACUUUGCCUGAACUUGCUUUUUACAAACCUCAGAUGGAAAGCCAGAAAUACAAGUGCUUCUUUACCAGACCUCACUUCCUACCAGCUGAUGAGACAUUCUGGAAGCAUUUUCUGACCUUAAAGAUGAACAUUUUGGGAUUUCUUUUGCCACUGUUUUUUUUUGUAUUUUGCUACGUGCAAAUGAGGAAAACACUAAAGUGUGGGGCGAGGAACUGUGACCUUUUCAAGCUUGUUUUCAGCAUAAUGGUUGUUUUCCUUCUGAUGUGGGGACCCUACAAUAUUGCGCUUUUCCUGUCUGCUUUCAACGAACAUUUCUCCCUGCAUGGCUGUGAGAGUAGUUACAACCUGAAGAGAAGUGUCCAUAUCAUGAAAAUCAUCGCCACCACCCACUGCUGCAUCAACCCUCUCCUCUACGUGUUUCUCAACAAGGCAUUUAGGAAACACUUCUGCCAACUUUGCCAUCUGUGCAAUGACACUGCACCUCAACCCACUGAGGAACCUGCCCAAGGCACAUCAAGGGAAGAAUAUCACCUUUCCACUUAA